AUGCGCGAUGCCGAGUCGGCACUCCGUAAACUCUCCCGUAACUUGCAUGCCCUGACCGCGCAACAUGAGGAAGCCGUGUCCUCACACGACUCGGCAAAGCACGCUGCGCAGAUGGUUGAGCUCGACACGAAGAAAUUCCGGAUCGCCAAGGCCGCAACAGAGCUGGAGAUUGAGAGCGAGAGGCUGGAAGGCGAGCUAGAGAUGCUCAAGGAGAGACUGGCUGAGUUGGAAGCGCAGGGGCUCGAGGGCGACGAAGCUACGCGGAGAGAGAGGGAGGCCGAUGAUGCGACUAUACUUCGCCUCAAAAUCUACCGGUCCUUGGGCAUUGAUAUCGAGGCGGACGAGGCCGGCAACUUCAGCAAGGCCGUUAUUCGCAACAGUCGCAAGGGAGACGUCCACGUGGUCAAUAUGGACCCCAAGUUCUCGCGUUUUUUCUAUGCCAAUUACUUUUGGUCAACCAUGCAGGGUUGA